AAAAAAAACAAAGAAAAUUAUCAACAUUCCCAUAGAACAAUGGGAAACAUUCUCUGUGAUUUCUGAAAACAACGGUCAGAGAAAGGCACUUGGAACAUGGAUUUGUUGGGGCCAUAUUUGAUUUCUUGUGGGUGGGCAGUUGGUUUGCAUUACUGCACUGGUUGACCCAGUUGUCGUCUUCGACCACGUUACCUCCUCCUCACCAACUCCCAAAAUAUUAGACCCUCCGACCGACCGAAACCCCAAUGCAAAACUGACAAACAAGUUCGGUAAAUUUGGUUCGUCUUCUUUAUAAAGUAGUCAAUUAAUUAAUCACGGAUUUUGGAGACCUAAAGAAAUGAUAGAGACUUAGGGAAUUUUGUGCGACCCAUUUGGACAGAGAUUCAAUGUGUAUAGCAGUGUUUCUAUGGCGGGCUCACCCAGUAUACCCUUUUCUUCUCUUGCUCAACAGGGACGAAUAUCACAGCCGUCCGACUGAGCCACUGGCAUGGUGGGACGGAGGGGAAAUAUUGGGGGGAAGAGAUGGCUUGGCAGGUGGGACUUGGUUAGCUUGUAGUAGAGAUGGUAGGUUGGCUUUUCUCACAAAUGUCAGGGAAGUUCAGUUGAUUCCACAAGCUAAGACCAGAGGGGACAUCCCAGUCCUUUUCUUGAAGAGCAAAAAAAGUCCUAUGGAGUUUGCUGAGGAAGUUGUGAAAGAUGCAGAUCAAUACAACGGAUUUAACCUUAUUUUAGCUGAUCUAUGUGCGAAGACCAUGGUUUAUACAACCAAUAGACAAAAAGAAGGUGAGAAGCUUGUGGCUGAUGUUCUACCUGGAAUUCAUGUGUUGACAAAUGCGAGGCUAGAUUCUCCUUGGCCUAAGGCUCAGCGACUACGUGACAAUUUCAAAGAGCUAGUGCAUAAGUAUGGCGAUGGCGAAUUUCCCAUAAAAGAGAUGAUUGAAAAACUAAUGACAGACACAACCAAAGAUGAAGAAAGCCCUUUACCUCACAUCUAUUCACCGUCACGGGAAUAUUACUUAAGUUCCAUAUUUGUUGAUGAAGAAACAAAUCCAUUGGGACAUUAUGGCACCAGAAGCACUUCUGCGGUGUCUGUGAAAACGAACGGUGAAGUAAGCUUUUAUGAGAAGUAUCUGGAGAAUGAAGAGUGGAAGGAACAAACUGUCAUUUACAGGAUAGAGGAGAGGAAUUAAACAGUUAUGGUGGGAAAAAAUGCCCUUGCAUUUUUUAUUUAUAGCACUAUAAUUUGUAUAGAAUACUCUCAAGACAAGGAAAUUAGAAACUUCCUAAAAUGUUAGGACCUUGAAAACAUGCAUGUAUAUGUAUUAUUGCUGAAACUGAGGGCCUUUUUGGCUAUAUUUUUAUUUUUGUUUUUAGAAAUAGUUCGCAAAAUAAUAAUAAUAAUAAGGAAAAUAUUUUUGACAAUAAUGAACUCUUGAUGUUGCAAAAUA